CAGCACACUGGACUACAUCCAGUAUUUAUAAACAACCCAGCAUAACAAGUUAGAGGUUAAAAAUCACAGGCUUCAGAUAUAUAUAUCAACACGAAUCAAGAAAGCCCAAGAAACUUGUGCCUUUUCCACUUACCAAAUAGGAAGUGACUGGUCUCCUGUUUCAUAAGUGUGUACUUGAAGACACAAUAGUGUCAUAUUCACAUAAAACAGUAUCACCAUCAUACGAGGAAGUGUUGAACCUGGAACAAGGACUUUAAUAUAUACAAACAUAUCGCAGGAUGUCUGAAGAAGGUAUCACAACAUUAAAUGGGACCAUGAUGAAUGGCAAUAUAGAACUCACAAAUGGCAGGGCCCACAAGGAAGGUGCCAAUGGAUUCAUUCAUAUUAAAAAUCCCCACAUAUCAAAUAUGGACGAGGAUGUUCUCUACCAUUUUGCAUUAGGCACAAAGAGUCAUGAUCUGAAGAAAAUGUUUGGAGAUGUGAAGUUUGUUUGCAUCGGGGGAAGCCCAAGGCGGAUGGAACGGUUUGCACAUUUCCUGGUAAAAGAAUUAGGCUACAAUGUGCCUUCAGGCUUGGCUUUGGAAAACAUCACAAAUGCUACAGACAGAUACGCAAUGUACAAAGUGGGACCAGUUCUCUCAGUUAGCCAUGGUAUGGGUGUCCCCUCUGUCUCCAUCAUGUUGCAUGAGAUUAUCAAGAUGAUGUUCCAUGCUGGCUGUACAGAUGUAGAGUUCUUCAGGAUAGGCACAUCCGGUGGUCUUGGUUUGAAGCCUGGCACUGUUGUUGUCACAUCAGAAGCUGUUGAUGGACAAGGGAAAGCUUCCCAAGACAAUCUUGUGUUGGGCAAAGUGGUCUCCAGACCUUCAGUUCUCGACAAAGAUCUUGCCGAGCGACUCCUACAGUGUUCAAUGAAUGAUGACUUUGAAGUAAUAAUGGGAAAGACAAUGUGUACUGAUGAUUUUUACGAAGGACAAGGACGCUUGGAUGGAGCCUUUUGUGACUACAAUGAAGAUGAAAAGAUGGCAUAUUUGCAAGACUGCCACAAUAGAGGUGUUAGAAACAUUGAAAUGGAAUCUGUUUGCUUUGGUUCCAUGUGCCACCAUGCUGGAAUAAAAUGUGCUGUUGUGUGUGUUACAUUACUAGAUCGACUACAGGGUGAUCAAGUUAGCACACCACAUGAUGUCCUUGAUUCAUGGAGCCAGAGACCAAUGACAAUAGUAGCAAGACAUAUCAAGAAUCGAAUGAAAACUCUAUGA